AUGGUAUCAGAAACAGAAACAGUAGGAGCUGUCACUGAUAAUUGUAUGGAUGAGGUGGACAUGGAGACAAUGAAAGUCGUUCAGGAACAGUUCCUCUCUGCCGAUGCUAAUGAAAUUAAGGAAGUUAGCGAGCACUCAAAACAGGUUAAAUUCAAAACUCAAAUUGUAUGGAGGAAUGUGGCGCUAUUUUCAGCUCUCCAUGUCGCAUCACUGGUCGGUAUUUAUCAGUUUAUUUUCCUCGCCAAAUGGCCAACAUUAUUUUGGUAUUGCACCUGUUGGCUAAUGGGCGUUAUGGGUAUCACUGCUGGGGCACAUCGUCUUUGGUCUCAUCGUAGUUAUAAGGCCAGAUGGCCUGCUCGGCUCUUUUUGAUGUUUUGCAACAGUAUGGCUUUCCAGAACGAUGUAAUUGAGUGGUCACGAGACCAUCGUUGUCAUCACAAGUGGACAGAUACUGAUGCUGACCCGCACAAUACCACAAGAGGAAUGUUUUUUGCUCAUAUGGGUUGGUUGAUGGUUCGUAAACAUCCGGAAGUGAAGAGAAAAGGCUCUCAACUAGAUCUGAGUGAUUUGUUCAAUGAUCCUAUACUUGCAUUUCAGAGAAGACACUACUUAAAAACAGUACUAUUCGCUUGGUUUAUUGUGCCAACCUUUGUACCGAUGUAUUUUUGGGGAGAAUCCUUCAUGGUCGCUCUUUAUACUUGCACAUUAUUAAGAUACUGCUCUACUCUGCAUGGUACAUGGCUAAUCAAUUCGUUGGCACACAAAUAUGGCUUCAAGCCUUACAAUCCGAAUAUAACACCUGUUGAAUCAUUAUGGCUAGCGGUAACGGCAAUGGGUGAAGGCGGUCAUAACUAUCAUCACACUUUUCCGCAAGACUAUCGAACAUCUGAAUAUGUGCUUCACUUUAAUGUAACAAAAUUAUUCAUCGACAUACUAUUUUUCUUGGGAUUGGCAUACGACAUGAAAGUUGUCCCGCAAGAGAUAAUUGAACGACAGAAAGCAAAAUACGUGAAGAAAUGUAAUUGA